AUGAGGAAAAAGACGAGAGCUAAUCUCAAAGCCCACACCCCACAGCCCUCUUCGAUUUCCCAAAAGAGAAAGCUAAUUGAUGAGGAUGAUGAUGAGUUGGUCACUGUGGAAAGCGGCGAUGAGUUGUCUGGUGUCAAUCGCGGUGAUACUGGAGUUGAAUCGGGUCAGAAGAAGGUCAAAUCGGAAGUUCUUGUUGUUCGCGGACUCGCCGGUCGGAAAGUCAUCUUGGGUAAGCCUAUUUCCGGCAAAACUCUCUUUACUUGUGGCAUUGUCAAGUUGUUUGAGGAUCUAGGGUUUCACUCUUUCUUGGUUGAUUUACCUAAAACUUGCUAUCCUGAUUUAGUGCGUGAGUUUUAUGCAAACCUUCAACUGGUUGGGUCGGAUCAGUUUGUUUCUUUUGUUUCGGAUGUUAAGAUCUGUUUGUCUUCGAUGUUUUUGGGUGCGAUUUUAAAAAUUCCACCAUCUACUGUGUCUAUCCAUACUAAGAGAGGUCCUAAGGAUGUCGAGGGUUUUUCUCACAACGACCAGUUGAAAUUGAUCACUGGGUCUGAGAAUGUUUCUGAUACUAUGUUUCCUUCCACUACACAACUACUUCCACUUGCUCAAGCACUUUUUAAACUAUCUAUUGAGAAUGUCAGUCCAAGACUUGGGACUCGGUCUAACUUGUCUUCACAAGAUAUUGUUGUUGUUUCAAUGAUAAUGGCUGGUAGAAAAUUUGAUUUGGCUGAAUUGAUUUUAAAGAAUAUGCUGGAGUCAGUUGAGGGUAAGUCAUCUGGUGGACUGCCAUAUGGGUUUUUGUUGACAAGAGUUUUUGAGUGGUUUGGGGUGUCCUUUGUUGGUGAGGAUUCUGUGUCUGCUAAAGAAUUUCUUGAUAUGAAAUUCUUAACUCAAUCAAACUUGAAGUUGGAUAAGGAUGGUCAGUUGGUUGUUGUUGAGGUGUCUCCACCUACACCUCCUGCUCAAUCUGUGAACGUUGUUGACCUGGGAAUCUCUGCACAAGAGAUUCAGGAAUAUAUGGAUGAGCUUCGAGCAAAUCACAAGGAGGUGAUGGAUGGCCAGAAGCAGUUAUCUGAGAAGAUGGUUGAGCUGAAUUCUCAGUUUGCUUUCUGGAAGGAUAUGAUGUUUGGGGCUAGAACUUCAACUGCUUCUGAGAAGUGCAGUUCUGGAAGCUUUGCUUAUGAACUCUGCAAGCGGAUGUAUGGCUCUGGGGGUUCAUCUGAUGUAAAGGCUACUUUCACUUCAGAGGAUGAUGCUACUGAUAGCCCACGGCCGAGAACAGCUAUGGAUGCUUUGAAGGAGGCUGCUGGAACGGACUCCAAGUAUGCUGCUGUAGGGGAAGAAAUGCUAGCUCGGAAUGUGAUUGCUGCAGAGCUUGUCAAGAAGUUUGGACUGGAGAAGGAUGAACAGGACAAGGCUGGAUCUUGA